GAUUGAUCAAGCCUUCCGCAUUUGGAUAACGCUCACUACUCUGUUAAGCUAGUUUAUUUUUCUUUAUUUAUUGUUCAGUGUUUUGUAUAUUCUCUUCGAUACUUAAAAGUAAAAUUCAAACUGUAAAGUUUUUUAAUUGCGAAGCAGAAAUGGAUUUUGUUAGAGUGCUGGGUUGUACAUUGCUGAUACUGUACAUGAUGCAAACAUGCCAUGGAUAUUGUAAAAAAUGCCGUGCAUAUUAUUCUUGCAAAAAGAUGAAAAGAGCUAAGCCAAAAGCUACGGAUGGAGAGUAUAAAAUGAAAAACUCCUUCGGCCAGAUAUAUUGGGCGUUUUGCGAAUUCCACGACGGCUAUGGAUAUAUGUUUAUCUCGAGAUUGACACAUGCGGCCUUAAAUAUGAAUGAUAUAGAAUAUUGUAAAUUACAAGUGCUGGUUCGCCACCGUCGGUCAAACAGUGAACAGUUUGAUACCAGAAUGGGACAAAUUCCCGCUCACAGUGACGUCUCCCUGAGUAUUCAAUACAACAAAUCGGACGGGUACAAACUUCCACAGAACUAUGCAACUAUGGCUCCAUACAUCUAUCUCGGGUUUCUACCAUCAAGUAUUGCCAGUCAGAGGAAUAAGCAGGGAUAUUCAGCAAAUGGGCGUGCAUUCACAUUUACCAAUUGCGACUCCAAUCCAAAUAGCUAUCUGGCUUUCUUCUUCAACAAGUACGAUGCGGAACCCACGUCCUACCACACCAGAUGCUGCUAUUCGAACCUAAUGAGGAACUGGAUUGAUGAAAGCGUACCUGCUUAUACUAUCCUUCCUCCGCAGUACUUCUUUCCGUUCGAAAUGCACAUGGGUGGUUGUGGAGGAUACGCAAUCAAUGGAUACAGUACAUUGAAAGACAUUUCCGGCGCCGCUCUAGGGAUCAGAUUCGCAGCAGAAAUGGAUUUUGUUAAAGUGCUGGGUUGUACGUUGCUGAUACUGUACAUGGUGCAAACAUGUCAUGCAUAUUAUUCGUGCAAAGAGAUGAAAAAGACUGACCCUAAAGUUACGGAUGGAGAUUAUGAAAUGACCAACUCCAUCGGUCAGACAUACUGGGUGUUUUGCGAAUUCCACGAUGGCUAUGGAUAUAUGUUUAUCUCAAAAUGUACGUUUGCGGUCUUAGAUAUGAAUGAUAUAGAAUAUUGUAAAUUACAAGUGCUGGUUCGCCACCGUAGGUUAAACCGUCAACAGUUUGAUACCAGAAUGGGACAAAUUCCCGCUCACAGUGACGUCUCUCUGAGCAUUCAAUACAACAAAUCGGACGGGUACAAUCCUCCACAGAACUAUGCAACUAUGGCUCCAUACAUCUAUCUCGGGUUUCUGCCGUCAAGUAUUGCCAGUCAAAAGAAUAAGCAGGGAUAUUCAGCAAACGGGCGUGCAUUCACAUUUACCAAUAGCGACUCCAAUCCAAACAGCUAUUUGGCUUUUUUCUUCAACAAGUACGAUGCGGAACCGACGUCCUACCACACCGGAUGCUGCUAUACGAAACUCAUGAGGAACUGGAUUGACGAAAGCGUACCUGCUUAUACUAAUCUUUCUUCGCAUUACUUUUUUCCGUUCGAAAUGCACAUGGGUGGAGGUGGGGGAUAUGCAAUCAAUGGAUACAGUACAUUGAAAGACAUUUCCGGCGCCGCUCUAGGGAUCAGAUUCGAGUUCUAG